GUUGGGUUUGUGAAAAAGACAAGAAGACUGCUCCGAGUUGGACAGCACCUCCCAUGUAUGUGUGAUCCAGUUAGGACGUUUUUAACAAUUCUGUUAUAGAAAUUAAACAAAACAUGAUACUGUUGGAGAUAAACAACAGGGUGGUCGAGGAAACCCUAACGGUGAAAAUAAAAAAUGCACAAGCCGGGCUCAAAAACGAAAGCAUAGACAUAACUGUAGCAGAUUUCGAUGGUGUUUUGUACCAUAUAUCUAAUUUGAAUGGAGACAAGUCUAAAAUUAGGACGAGUAUAUCGUUAAAGUUCUACAAGCAACUGCAAGAACACGGCGCCGACGAAUUACUGAAACGGGAAUACGGGCCCCAUUUAGUGCAGCCCGAGACGGGCUACAACGUUUCCAUUUUAUUAGAUUUAGAAAACAUUCCGGCCGAUUGGCAGGUUUUCGUCAAGAAACUGGGUCUGUUGAAGAGGAAUUGCUUCGCCUCGGUGUUCGAGAAAUACUUCGAUUUCCAAGAGAGAGGCGAGGGCAAACACAAAAGGGCUGUGAUUCAUUACCGUGAUGAUGAAACACUGUACGUCGAGGCGAAAUCCGACAGAGUGACUGUCGUAUUUUCUACUCGAUUCCGCGACGAAGACGACGUGGUUAUCGGGAAAGUAUUCAUGCAGGAACUCAAAGAAGGCCUGAGAGCUUCCCAUACGGCUCCGCCCGUGUUGUUCAGCCACAAGGAGCCCCCUCUCGAAUUACAAAACACCGAUGCACGAGUGGACAAUAAUGUUGGUUAUGUAACGUUUGUGUUAUUUCCUCGUCACACGUCGAGAAGUACUCGAGAUAAUACUAUCAACUUAAUCCACAUGUUCAGACACUACUUGCACUAUCAUAUUAAGUGUUCUAAGGCCUAUAUUCACAGUAGGAUGCGCGCAAAGACCUCUGAUUUCCUUAAGGUUUUAAAUAGGGCUCGACCCGAAAACAAGAGCACCGAUAAAAAGACUAUGAGCGGGAGAACUUUCAUCAGAAGGGAUUAGUAAAAGGAUAC